AUGCCAGGUCAGGACAGGGACGUUCCCCGUGACCGCGAAUUGGUUCGACACUCGAUGUCACACUCCGAGUCUAAAGUUCCCAUGUGGGACAGUUCCGAUCCCGAGCGUGCGCCUCCACCGCUACCAAUGAAUCCUCGUUCAAUGAGUCCGUCAAUGAGCCCGACGACGAGAUCUCAUGUUUCUCCCGGCAUUCAAGCCGUUGCUGCGAAGUUCACAGAGAAGUCCAGCGACAAUGCGCCGAGCUCAUACACCACAAAUCCAAUGCCACCCAAAUCCUCUUCUCCGGAAAGGUCGUUGAUCAAAGGUCAACAUCAUAAGCGCAUGCAGUCCUUGCAACCUGAAGAUACCCGGCAGGAUGCGCGCAGCGAGUUCAUGACCUACCUUGAAAACCGAUCACCGGAGCGACCUCUUCGUGCGACAAUCGUCGAAGGUACGAAGCAGCGCGACCCAAGCAAGUCCACCAGUUCGCCGUCGCUUCGGCAAGACGCAGAAAAGGAUGUGACAUAUUCGCUAUCAAGCCGUUACCUUUCCAAACCAAUAUUGGGCGAGAGUACUCCGCCAUCUGCGACCAUGUUAGCUUUACAAAACAUGCAGCUCCCCAUGGAGCCCGACCCUCCUUCGCCCUCCAAGCCUCCUAAAAUGAUCACUGCGCCAUUCGAGCCUCGACCAGCGCCCAUCCAAAAUACAAGCAUGGAUUCGCUCGCCAGCCAGAUCCACAGUCUUACCGACAUCGCCAGCAGUUUGCAACGCGAAAUGAUGAACCUGAGCCGACGCAGCAAAGAUAAUGCCACCGAUCUGGUCAGCCUCAAGGCGGCCACCAACGCCCGUGACGAGGAUAUUCGCAAGAGUCUCAAAGAGUUGUCUUCCCACCUCACAACUAAAUAUCUGGAUACCGAAACCUCAAGGUUUGAUUUCAGUAAUCUUUUCAAGGGUGGUGAUGGGCCUAACCCCAAGGAUCCGGAUAGUCCCGUGUCGAAGAGAAGCUACUCGGUCCCCCGUAUGCCCAGCCCUAAUCCGUUUGCGUUUGACCGCGACUCUUGCGUUUCGCCCGCACCGAUCUCCGACGGUUCCGCCGCUCUUGCUUUGCUCGAAAAGGUAUUGCGCGAGAUGGCAACAAAGGAAGGUGAGGAGAGGCUCUUGGAGCUGGUGGAAGAACUCAAGUCUCGACCUGCCGCCACUGCGUCCGACAAAGAGGCCGACACCAAAGUCACCGCCAUGCUCGAGGAAAUCCUCAACUUGGUGAAGGAGGACCCCGCCAGCAAAGCCCUUGUUCGGUCAUACGGCAUGGCAAACAACCUCAGCGCCCCUGAACCGGACGACGAAACCGAGCCCACACGAUCUCGCUCAGUAGACCCAGAGACUGUACGUGCACUUGAUCUUUCUAAGUCUGACAAGGGAGACAUGAUUAGCCCCAAUUCUGAAGAAGUCUUGGCUGUCCUCACAAGCGUCAAAAACAGCGUGGUCGAGUCUGGCGGAAUGACAAAUGGUGUUAAAAGUCUGGUGCGUGAAUUGCGAGGUGAGGUGCUGGGGAUGGGCCGUGAACUUGGCCGCAGACUCGACGAUAUCGAGACCACCCGCGCCAACGAUGAAACGGACGACAAGCCCCGAGCUGCCGGCCCUGAAGAGAUCUCUGCCAUCGUGAAUCGCAGUCUUGACGACCUUAAAGAGCAGCUGGCUGCCACCAUUAAUGAAAGUCGCCAACAAUCAUCCGACCUGGCCGAGUUCCGAGCAAACAUGAACAGCGCUGCAGUCUAUUCUGUGGUGAAGAAAGCUUUGGAUGAACUUGAACUGCCACAGCCACAAUCAGAGCCCCGAGGGGCUGAGAUGGAUCGAGAUGACAUCCUUGAGACUGUCCGGGAAGCCUGGGAGACAUACAAGCCUGAGAUCGAGUUCAACAACUUCGGCUUGGAGCGUGAUGAGAUCCUCACCUGCCUCGAAGAGGGACUCAAGUCUUACCAGCCACAGCACGAGGAAGCAGUGACCUACGAUCAGGUCCUUGCGGCUGUUGAGGACGGCAUGCAGAAGUUCAACCCACCAACCAUCGAGGCGCCACCCGGAAUCAGCCGUGAUGAGAUCAUCCUGGUUAUUCGCGAAUGCUUGGACAAGCAAGCGGAUUCUGCUCCAAGGUCCCUCGACGAAGAACAUGUCGGCCACCUCAACUCUAUGCGAGAUGAGAUUCUCGAGGCAGUGGCCAAGACCAUGGCGACUCACCACGAAGGCGCGAAAGUAAUCGAUGAUGAGCACAUCAACCACUUAUACGGCGUUCGCGAUGAGAUUAUGGACACACUCAACGAGAAACUGGCUGCCACCAAUGGAGACAAGUCGGUCGACGAGGAGCAUAUCACUCACCUCCACUCUGUCCGCGACGAGAUCAUUGAAGCUGUGACUUCCGCCAUGGCCGCUCAUGCCGCGACACCCAAGUCUCCAGAGGACGAUCCAACCGCUACCCACCUCACCUCGUUGCGCGAUGAAAUUCUCCAAGCAGUUGCUGGCGCGAUGGCCACCAAUGAUACAGGGUCCAAAGAGUUGAGCGAUGAGCAUGUCAAUCAUCUCUACGCAGUUCGUGAUGAGAUUAUGGAAGCCGUGACUGGGACCAUGGCGGCACAGAGUACCUCGAAGUCUGUAGAUGAGGAUCACCUUGCCCAUCUCAACUCUAUCCGAGACGAAAUCCUCGGGGCAGUGGCUGGUUCAGUAGCUCAAAGUACACUGAGCAACGAUUCUGGGCUUGGCCGCGAUGAGAUCGUUAGCGCUGUGUCUGACAGCCUUGAGGCUCACUUCACUGCAGCCAAGGAGAUGGAUGAACCAAACAUCUCUCGGCAUGACGUUAUGAACGCAGUGAAUGAAGCCUUCGAUGCCCAGCAAACAGCCCUCAGUGCCAACAGCGGUAAUUCGAGUGUCUCGCGGGACGAGAUCUUGAAUGCGAUCGCAGAGGGAAUUGAAACCUCAAUGCACGCGCAUAAUUCGGCACUUGUCACCAACGAGCCACAAACCCUCUCCCGUGAAGAAAUUCUCGGCGCCAUCGUGGACGGCAUUGAGCAGUCACGCUCUUCCCCCAGCACCGACGAAAAGCUUUCACGAGAUGAUGUUCUGAGUGCUAUAUUGGAGGGCCUUGAACAGUCGCCGAGCCGAACGGAACCAAGCAUCUCUAGGGACGAGAUCUUGAGUGCUAUCGCCGAUGGCAUUGAGAACUCGCAGAGCAACUCCCGCUCGCUCGCCGUAACUGAGCAUGAACAUGAGGAUGAAAAGCCUCCCAUCUCCCGUGAAGAGAUUCUCAGUGCAAUCGUGGAGGGUAUCGAGCAUUCCCGUGCCUCGUUGAGCGAAGCGUCUCAGCCAAGCAUUUCAAAGGAGGAGAUCAUGAGUGCUAUUGCUGAAGGCAUUGAAACUUCACAAACAAGCCAGCAAUCCGCUCUGAGCACCAACGUUCAAGAGCCAACCAUCUCGCGUGAUGAGAUUUUGAGUGCCAUUUCCGAAGGUAUCCAGAACGGAAAUUCCGUCGCCCGAGAGAUUGAACUCAACCAGGACGACUUGAUGGAGGCAAUCACGAACGGUUUGAACGAGGCAAUUGGAGCUACGAACUUCCAAAUUGGCGGAGACGUAACUGAGCGCCUACAAACCCUUGUCGAUGACAUGAAGGAAGAAUUCAAACAGUACUCUUCAGCCAAUGGCCGGGAUACUGAGCAAGUUCUUGACGCUGUCAAAGAUGGUAUUGAUGUCGUUCGCAAGGAGAUUGAAACAUACGUCGCUACCACCGCCGACCUUUCGGGCAAGGAUGAAGUCAUUGACACUGUCAAAGAAGGCUUCCGUUUACUCCAUGCCGACAUGGAAAAGACCAUCACCGAUUCAGCCCUCGCCAAUGGCUCGCGGGGAGCACCUGACACCCCCGAGCUUCUGGAUGCCAUGGAAAAGGAGUUUGAGCAUUUGCGUGGAACAAUUACAACUCUUCUUCUGCGCGAAAGUGCCCCUGGCGACAAGGACGAGAUCUUGGAUGCCAUACGUGAAGUCUCCGAGAACACCAAAACUCCUUCGGGCAAUGAAGGUGUGAUUGAUUCCAUCAAGCAGGAGUUUGAGAGUCUGCGGGAGCGCAUGGACAUGAGCCUUGUUUCUUCUCAGCCCGGUGCUGAGAAGGACGAAAUUAUCUCGACACUCCGCGAGCACUUUGACAAUCUUCGGGAAGAGACUGCGAAGAGAGAGGAGAACAAUUCAUCCCCGGCCGAGCUCCUUGAUGCGGUUACCGGCGGUGUUGACUCAAUUCGUGAGGAUCUAAAGAAACUUCUCGAGAAGCCGGCUGAGUUCGACAGCACCGAGAUUCUUGAGACAAUCAAGGAUGGCCUUGCAGAUUUGAAGCUUGAGAUGGAGAGCCUCCGCCAAUCCAACAAGGAGGCUGACGAAGCCGGUUCGACUCGUGGAGGCGAACUGAUGCUCGCAAACGAAGCACCAUCAUCAGAGAGUGAGCCACCUACCAUUGUCCCUGACAUUGAUGGCUUGAAAGCUCUCAUCACUCAGCUUCACGAUAAGGUUGAAUCCACACCUCGAUCGGUGGAGCCUGAUGAGGAUGCUUUGAAGCGCUCUCACCUCGACGAAGUUCUCGCUGCUCUUCACACCCCUGAUGAGGACACAUUGAAACGCUCCCAUCUUGACGAUGUGCUCGCCGCUCUCCAAAGUGUGCACGAAAAGGUUGAAAUCAUUGAAUCCACUCCUCGAUCGAUCGAGCCUGAUGAGGAUGCUUUGAAGCGCUCCCACCUUGAUGAGGUCCUCCUUGCCAUCCACGAGCUCCAGCUCGCCGUGGGUGAGAUGAGCGCUAAACCCGCCGAAGACGAUACUUCUGUCAAGAAGGAAGACACCGAAGCACUGGAGCAGCUGAUUCUUAGCACCAAGGCCCAAAUCGAGGAGCUAGUCUUCCCCGCGCCUGACAACGUUGCCACUCCCGAGCAUAUCGGAACGCUCGAAACCAUGAUUCGAGAAGCCAAAGAAUCCAUUGCGGAAUUCUCCGGUCGCAUGGAAGCCGAAGCCCCUACAAAGGCUGAGAUCGGCACGCUGGAAGGUCUGAUCAAGGAUGUCUGGGUUGUCCUUGAGGAGUUGAAAAGCAGUGCCAAGGAAACCGAGCAAGAGGAUCCUGCUGAGAAAAUCCUUAAAUCUGAUCUCCAAACCGUUGAAGCUAUGAUAUUUGAGGUCAAGACUCAAGUUGACGAGCUGAAGCUUCCCGACGUUGACACCCUGCCCACCAAAACCGACAUCGAAGACCUCUCUGGAUUGGUCAAUGACUUCCGUGAAAAGAUGGAGGCCAACAACGAAUUGACCGCCCAAGGAUUCGAUGCUCGCAAGGUUGAGCAUGGUGGCCUUGCUGAAAAGAUCGAUGAAGCCAAGUUCGUGGUUGGAGAGCUCGGAGAUGAGUUGAAGAGUAAGCUUGACGGUAGUACCGAAGGCUUGGCUGAGCUUAAGCAGCUACUCGAAGGCCUCGCUAUCACAGCCGAGAGUUUCUCUACCGUUGACAACAUCAAGGAAGUUACCGAUCUCAUCAACCGGGAGUUCGAACGUUCUCGCGGUGAAGAAGAUGCAGGCAAAAUCGAGAAGGAGGAGCGAGAUGCCGCCGCUAUGGUCAAGCACGAUGAGACACGGGCCGCUAUCAUCGUGGAGCUUGGCACCAAGAUUGAUGAAAAGAUUUCUGAAGUUCUCGCCAAGUACGAAGACGCACACACCUCUCUCCAUUCCAAGUUCACGGAAUCCGAAGAGCGGGAUGUCACUCACACCGAAUCCUUGGCAAGCACUAAGAGUCUCGCUGAAGACAUCAGACUUGUCAUUGGAUCUAUGGGCGACAGUGUCAACGAAACCUGCGAACGCCUCAGUGUGGACACGAAAGCCCUCAUUGAGCAAGUUGACCAGUCUCGUCAACAGCUAGAGGAGAUGCACAACGAUGUCAAAUCCCACAAGGAGCAGUCUCAGGCCGAGACCGAGAGAGCUGCCGCUACUGCCGCUGCUACCGAUCGAGUGGAGAGCAAGCUCCUCGAGUUCCACCCUCAGAUCCUGGAAUCCGUGCAGGAGAUUCUGAACAUUGUGAACCAACACUAUGAUCACUCCCAGAGAUCAGCGGAGGAUUUCAAGUCUGAACUUUCCGCGUUGCCGGCGAACAUUCCUGCAAUGUUACCCGCGGUUCCAGCCCAGGAGCCAGAAUCAGAGCGUAUGCUCGCUAUUGAGGAUACCCCUCUUAGCACCAAACUCGAUGAUAUCCUGGAACACGCGCGGAAUAGCCAGGUGCAUGAAAUCUUGAACACUCUCCUCGAUCACUCAAAGGACACCAAGGUUCACGACACUUUGACUACCCUUGCUGAGAACUCGAAGAACGACCAGAUCCACGAAACCCUGAACACAUUGGUGGAGAACUCAAAGAAUGAUCAGGUUCACGAGAUCUUGAGCACCCUCCUUGAACACUCUCAGAACACCCAGGUUCAUGACUCGUUGAACGACAUGGCUGGAAAACAUGACCAGAUCCAUGAAAGCCUGGCUACUCUGCUCGAGAAUUCAAAGAAUGAUCAACUCCAUGAGAAGCUUGAUCGAGCUCUCGAACAGGGUUCGGGCUCAAAUGACCAGAUCUACGAGAAGCUCAACGAACUGCUGGAUCAUGCAACUAGUGGCACUGGUCCCAUCCACGAAAAGCUCGACGCCUUGCUCAGCCGUCCCGAGAACCCGCCUGAGUCCGACAACUCCACAUCCCAGAUGAUGAAGUUGGAUGAGAUGCACAGGGAUAUCAUGGAGAACUCUCGUAAGAUGAACGAGAUGUUCGCUGCGCAGUCAGUAUUGGUUGCCGAAGAUACUGAACGAAAACGCCGUGAAGCUGAGGAAGCUGCGAUUGCUUUGGAACGCAGAGUCGCGCAGCGUGAGCAAGUGGAAGCCGAGCUUGUUGGCUUACACGAAGAGAAGGAUUCCAUGCUGAACAUGAUCCAUCGUCUCAACGCUGAGAAGGAGGAAAUGAUCCGACAAAACAACAGGCUCACCAAGGACCUUUCUGGUCUAGAGACUGCUCUCGAGAUCCGUCAUGAGGAGAUGCGACAGAUGGAAGACCGUGCUGAUGGCCUAGAGAAGCGUAUUCUCGAGGGUGUCCUCGAUCAUGCACGCACCGUUCUUCUGAGUCGCUCCAACAGUCUCCAAGCUAUGAACCUCAAACGAAACCGCAGCACUCGGAGCACCCGCAGUUCCCGCGCGGGUGCUCGCAGCCCCAGCUCGGCCAGUUCAGCCAGUACCGCCAAAGAGUCCAAGGAUAACCGCAGCCUCCUUGGCAGCGGGGUUGGAAUGGCUCUGAAACGUAGAAUUCCGAACUCGCUCCAUGCUGGAACCACUGCUGUGCAGCCGAACAUCGGAAAAGAGCGCCGUAUUCUCAGCCUGAGCCAUGUCACUGGCAAUCGUGGGGCAGACCGACAGGUCAGCGGCAAAUCUGGCAUUGCGAACUUGAAGCGCAGUCACUCUGUGAAGUCCAACACCCUUCGCAAGGCCUCAUGGGCGGGUCCCACUUCUGUUGCCGACAAGGAAAAUGAGCCUUUCCACGAAGAGGAUGAGCUUGCGAGCGACACCGAGAGAGAUGCUGGCCCCCGGCGACACACUAGCCAUGCUGGAUCCGACCGACGAACGAGCUAUGCAGGAAGUGUCACUCCUUCCGACCGCAAGACAAGCUAUGCAGGAUCUGAGGCUGGUACCGAGCGCAAAUACGCCGAGAGCAAUGCUGACUCCGAACGCCGAACAAGCUACACGGGAAGCAACGCUGGCACCGAACGCAGGACCAGCUAUGCCGGUACCUGCGUUGAUAGUAUUGCCGAGAGUGUGGUGACCGACGAUUUCGACCCCCGUCGUGUCAGCGGCGUGAGCUCCAAGAAUGACCACCACGUGGCGGAAAGUUCCAUUGCCGAAGAUGAUCACGAGGAUCGCGAAGAUGACAUCUCCAUCGACGGGUCCGACUCAGGCGACGAUGCCCGCACAGCCCAGGGAGAUACGGAGCAUGCUGGCGCAGAAGAACAUGAGAAUGACGAGGAUCACGAAUUAUCUCGUCAGAUCAGAGAGGCCAACGAGGCCGCCGAAGCUGAAGUCAUGAAGCUGUUAUCUCCAACUGCUGAUAGUGGACUUGGUACAGAUGUCGCUGCUUAA